AUGAGCUUGAAAGAAGUAUUCGAACAACAUCCAUGGAGGUCAUUUAAGAAGUUCAAUGAAGCUGCAAAGAGUUGGGGAUUUACUAACAGAGCUGAAGUGAAAAGGUUCUUUGACAAAAAUGUUGUACAUCAAACAAAAAUAAAACCCUUACGACUACUUUUUACCAAUUUACUCCAACACUCCUGA